AUGAGCCUACAUCAGCCACCAGAGUUCCUGCCAACGCCCGGGAAGCCCGCCAUUCCUUGGACGCAAUGGCACCGCCCUUUCAAGAAUUAUCUCCUGGCAUCGGGGAGCGACGCCCACCCACCUGCGCAUCGUAAAGCUUUGCUACUGUACUGUUUGGGCACUGAAGGCCAACGCUUGUACUAUGCAUUGUCGGAGAAGAAACCGUCGACACCGCAUGCAGAGGAAAAGGAUAAAGGUGGCACGAGCGAUGAGUACGAUGCAGCAGUGGCUAUGUUGGACGCUUACUUGACUUCUAAAACAGACGUCGUCAUGGAGUGGCAUAGGUUCGGACAGCGCAUCAAACUACCUGGGAAGACCACAGCAGCGUUCGUCACGGCGUUGUACAAGCUGGCAUUGAGUUGCGACUUUGGUGAGCAAGUUGACGAUUUCAUUCGUGACCAAUUUAUAGCGAAGACGAGAAACCAUGUUCUUCGGGAACGCCUACUUCUAGAAGGCACUUCGCUCACUCUUGAAUGUGCACUGGCUAUUGCGAACAAUUAUGAAGAAGCUACAAAAUACUCGCUUGAGCUGCAGUCAUCUACUGCGAGCAUUCAAAAGUGGAAAAACGUCAGAUUCCCUGCCGUACAGAAUUGCGAUUACCGCUACCGCAGCAGCACAAGUCUUGCUUUCAUUGCGGGUCUUCGCAGCAUCUUGCAGAUUACAAGAAAUGCAAGGUGCAGAAUAAGAUUUGCAGCAAAUGAGGACAUUUUCAACGUGUCUGUAAGAACGGCACGCCAAACGAGCAGGCCCUCGCAGGCCAAGAAGUCGACACCUGCAGUACAUCCGCAGACCUCAACGUCUUGCUUCUCGCACGGCCAAGCAAAGUAG